UUGUCAAAGACAAACUGUAAACAAUCUCUUUUGUACGUGUAGCAUCAUCACUUGCAAGCCCGGAAAGCCUAGCGCAUUAAUUUUAUCAUCAAAAUGCGACUCUUUGCCAUUACGUGUCUCUUAUUUUCGAUUGUGACUGUGAUUGGUGCAGAAUUCUCCGCCGAAGAUUGCCGGGAGCUGGGGCUUAUCAAAUCGCAACUGUUUUGUUCGUCGUGUAGUAGCUUAAGCGAUUAUGGACUGAUCGAACUGAAAGAGCAUUGCCUAGAAUGUUGCCAAAAGGACACUGAAGCCGAUUCAAAGCUGAAGGUGUAUCCGGCGGCAGUGCUGGAGGUGUGCACGUGCAAGUUUGGCGCAUAUCCACAGAUUCAGGCGUUCAUUAAGAGCGACCGACCGGCCAAGUUUCCCAACCUAACCAUCAAGUACGUGCGUGGUUUGGAUCCGAUCGUGAAGCUAAUGGACGAGCAGGGCAAUGUGAAGGAAACGCUUUCCAUAAACAAAUGGAACACCGACACGGUGCAGGAGUUUUUCGAAACACGUUUGGCGAAAGUUGAAGAUGACGAUUACCUUAAAACGAAUCGUGUUUGAUGAUUUCCGCAAAUAAACACAUCUCAAACAUU